CGGGCGGCACCGCCGAGAGCGGGGGGGGCUGCCCGGUGGUCGAGCCGCUGCUGCCGCCGCUCCCGCAGGGCUCCGCCGCUGCCCGGACCUCCUGCCCGCGAUGAGCUCCGCGCCCGGCCCUGCCCGGGAGCCUCCCCGGUACCUGAGCAAGGCUGAGGCUGAGGCCAUCGAAAAGGAGCUGCUGGAGGAUUAUCGGUUUGGGCGGCAGCAGCUCAUCGAGAUCUGGGGACAUGCCUGUGCCAUGGCUGUGACCAAGGCCUUCCCGCUGCCAUCGCUACCUCGGAAGCAGCCCACGGUGCUGGUGGUGUGCGGCCCAGCACAGAACGGGGCCAUCGGGCUGGUGUGUGCCCGGCACCUCCGGAUCUUUGACUAUGAACCCACCAUCUUCUACCCCAAACGCUCCCCGGACCCCCUGUACCAGGACUUCACGACGCAGUGUGAGAAGAUGGACAUCCCCUUCCUGUCCUACCUCCCCACCGAGGUGCAGCUCAUCAAUGAUGCCUACAACGCAGUGGUGGAUGCGGUGCUGGGAGCCGAGGCGGAGGCAGCGGAGGGGAGGGAGCCUUGUGCCGCCAUCCUGAGCACCCUGAAGCUCAUUCGCAUCCCCAUCGUCAGCCUGGACGUGCCCUCAGGAUGGGACGUGGAGGCCGGGAGCAGCGGCGGGAUCAGCCCCGACGUGCUGGUGUCGCUGUCGGCACCCAAGCAGUGCGCCCGCCGCUUCCUGGGCCGCCAGCACUUCGUGGCCGGCCGCUUCCUCCCUUACGAUGUGCAGAAGAAGUUCGAGCUCAACCCCCCCGAGUACCCCGGCACCGAGUGCGUGGUGGCCCUGCGAGCCCCCCGCCAAUAAAGCGCUUGGUGGCUCUGC